UGAAUUUUUUUUUUAUUCAAAAUUCUUGUUGCUUAUUAUAUUGUUUUUGAGUUGUUCCAUUCUUUUUGUGCCUAAAUAUUAAUUGUUGAUUCUUCUGUGCGUGUGUGUGUGUGUGUGAAACGGUAUUACCACUAUUUGUUCCAUCUCUAUUAUAUAUAUCUUUAAUCAAUUCUAUAAUUGUAAGGUGUGUUUUUUGAAUGCCCGACGUGUUCAUUCAUAAUCGUGUUCAUGUAUAAAGAGUAUAAAGAAAAGAAAAAUGCUUGUUUUGUCAUCGAUUGAGAUACCGAAUGAUGAGCACGUGAAACAUCGCGAGCCAAAUACUUUGGCUUAUUUUCAAGACAAUACAAAUCAACCGAAUCAUCAAUUACUUGGUGAAGGAACAUUAUUCAUUGGUGAAGAUAGGUUCACCUGGCGAACAGAAAACGGACAAGGUUUCAAUUUAGAAUAUCCACAAAUUUCAUUACAUGCUACAUCAAGAGAUUUGAACAAUUUUCAUUCUGAAUGUCUUUAUCUGAUGUUUGAAGAUAAUAAUAAUGAAAAUGCAACACAACAUAUACAAUCACAUAUUGAUGGUGAUUAUGGAUACAACGCUAAUGUUUUAGGUGAUCAAGAUAAUGAUGAUAAUGAGGAUGAGGAUGAUGAUGAUGAUGAGGGCAACAAUCAUGUCAGCGAAUUACGUUUCGUUCCAGGAGAUCCAUCCAAAUUGGAUUUAAUGUAUCAGGCUUUGUCCGAAUGCCAACUGUUGCAUCCGGACCCUGAUGAUGUUAGCCCAUUUGGCGAUGAACAUGGCGAGUUUUUUGGUGCUAAUGACAACGAUGAUGAUGAUGAUGAAGAAGAAGAUAAUGAUGGUCUACGACAACGACAGGAUGAUGAAAUGGAACGAAUGGAUUAUACCAAUGGUCAAUUUGAGGAUGCUCAAUAAAUAAUAAACACUUUUUCUGGGCAAAUGAAACAAAUUACAAAUAUCAAACAUUUUUAUUUUAUUUUCAUUCUUUAAAAAAAAUUUCCUAUUCAAAUAACACAUCUUUUUGGUUUCGUUGGA